GUUCUGUCAAAUCGAGAUGAGGUCACUUGGCAUUUGGAGUUAUCUUCUGUGAUACCAAACACUUACAAGAUUGUUGGUUGUGGAAUGCCAAGAAUGCUAGAUCUUUGACGACGUGCAGACAACGAAGCCGAAGAACAGUAGCCGAGCGACGCCAUGUCGGACUUUGAGGGGAACUGCGACGACGAGGGCGACGGCUUCCAGCGCGAGAGCAUCGGCGAGGACGACUACUACGCGUUCCUGAACCUGCCACGCUCGGCGAGCACGAGCGAGAUCAACAGCGCGUUCCGGCGCGCGAGUCGCCUCUACCACCCGGACAAGCACCCUGACGACAAGGUGAAGGCCGAGGAGAUGUUCACGCGGGCGAAGCGCGCGCACGAGGUGCUGAGCGACGAGCGGCGGCGCGCCAUCUACGACACGCUCGGCGUGAAGGGCCUCGAGACAGACGGCUGGGAGGUGGUGCAGCGCACGAAGACGCCGGCGGAGAUCCGCGAGGAGUACGAGCAGCUGGCGCAGGAGCGCGAGGAGCGGCGGCUGCAGCAGCGCACCAACCCGCAGGGCACGUUUGUCGUUGGCGUCGACGCCACCGACGUCUUCGAGAGGUACGUCCCCGACGACGAGGAAGAGUACGAGCACAGCCGCCUGCCGAACCUCGAGAUCAACCAGAUGGCGCUGACGCAGUCGAUCGACGCGAUGCUCACCAGCAAGGACACGGUGACCGUGCAGGGCAGCCUGAGCGUGCACAACGGCACGGGCAACGGCAGCUUCAGCGCCGUCUUCCGGCGCAUCUUGUCGGCGCGCUCGUGGGGCGAGGUGGGCGCGUCGGCCGGCAGCGGGCCGGGGCUGCACUGCAAGGCGUACACGACGUUCGCGAACAAGAUGUUCGCGACGAUGUCCGGCAGCAUGCAGUUUGCGGCGGCGGGCGUGCGGCCCGCGGCGACGGCGAUCGUCGGCCGCCACCUCGACACGCACACGCUCGGCUACAUCGCGUGGCGCGCGGGCUCGCCGGCGUCGCUCACGACGUGCCUCGUGUGGGACACGAGCACGCACCACGCCGCCGUGUCGCUCUGCUUCGGCGUGCCGACGUCGUACGCGAUGCUCGCGUACACGCGCCGCUUCGAAGCCGCCGACGCGAAGCUGAGGCUCGCCGCCAAGGUGGGCACGUUCGGCGCGCUGCUGGAGUACGGCGCCGAGCGCAAGCUGACGGCGCACAGCUCGCUCGGCGCGACGAUGAGCGUCGGCGUGCCGUCCGGCGUCACGCUCAAGGUGAAGCUGCACCGCGCCAGCCAGACGUACGUGUUCCCGAUCCACCUCGCCGAGAGCGUCGUGCCGGCGGCGGUGCUGUACGGCACGGUGGCGCCGCUCGUCGCCUACUACGCGGCGCGCGCGCUGCUCUACCACCCGUGGCUGCUGCGCCAGCGGCGGCGGCACGCCGAGGAGACGCGCGAGAAGCACGCGACGACGCUCGCGCAGCGGCGCCGCGAGGCCGAGGCCGCCGUCGCGCUAAUGGCGGCGACCGUCGCGCGCGUGCUUGAGCUGGAGACGCAGCGCCACGGCCUCGUCAUCAUGCAGGCGUGGUACGGCCUGCUCGUCACCGAGACGAGUCGGCAGGCGGCGGGCAAGGUGAUCGACGUCACCGUGCCGCUGCAGUGCCAGGUGAAGGACUCGAAGCUGGUGCUGCACGAGGGCACGAAGGCCGGCCUGCCGGGCUUCUACGACCCGGCACCGACGGAGGAGAAGUCGCUGCACGUGCUCUACCGCUUCCACGACGUCGUGCACGAGGUGACGAUGCCCGACGCCGAGCCGCUGCGCAUACCGAAGCAGUCGCACAGGAUACAGACACAGGAGUAGUGGCGGUAGUAGCGAGCGAUAGAGACGAGCCACGCGCAGGAGCGACCGAGAUACGAGAUAGAGACACGAGGCUUACGGAGAAGGCAGAUGCUGGGGAUAUGUGCACUGUGAGUGGCGCAAGCCGAGUGGAGUAGUGGCGGAGAAAACAGAUGCUCAGUGUGUAGAGACCGUACGCAUGAAGUAGUUUUGGAGAAGGUACACGCUCAAGAUAGGAGCUGUGAAAUAGUGGCCAUGAAAGCAGACAAGCAUGGAGAUGUCGCAUGGAGAUAGCCAAAUUUAGCAACAGUUGGUUGCAUCCACAAGCGGCAGGGUGUAAUGGCGGGAAUACGCUUCACACCAACAUGCUUGAUCUCGGUCAGUAGCGUCGAAUACAGUAUUUAGAGUCAAUAUUCAAGCAAAGGCUCGACGAUCGUAGCAGUAGUAGUUGCGUUGAGCACUCACGGCCGGUUCACUGUCGAUGGCAUAGCGGUAUAGUUCGGAAUAGAGUCGUCACGGACACAAAUUGACUUCGGUAGCAGCUCCUGCAUCAGAUUGCGUGUGUUGCUGCUGAGAAUUGUGGGGUUUCCACGUUGGAAAUUCUUCAUACCGGUGUUUGACUGUGAGGGCAGUAGAGUGGAAAUUCACCAUUAUCACAUUCAACUGUGUUCCGUGCGUUUUCGUACGUGUACAGCAUUGAACUAAUAUGACAAUGUUUAAAUGCAGCCAUGCGCGACAUGUGAGUCGAGUGUAGUCCAGCGAUGUGGAUUUCACUGUGAUUGAGAGACAAAAUGACACUCGCUGAUAGGUGCUUCCUUGUAUAUCUAUCUUCCUGUGUUAUGUCAUGUGUUGUUUAGGCCUGCGGUUAUUUAUGCUUGUAACGUUGAAGUAGACGGCGAGUGUUUUGAACACUGUUUUUUUUAGUGUUGAUGCUGUUACUGUACAAUAAAAAAAAAACUGAGUUACAU